CUAUUUUGGUGAGCUUGACCGAGUCGGAGGAGUGGAUGUAGGCAAGACACCUCUGUAAAGUCUGUCGACUGUAGACAAACAAUUGUUUUUAGUGUCGGACAUACUGUGUUACCAUGUCAGCAUGUUUAGUUUCCUCUUAACGGUGAAGAGGCAGCGUUUCCAUGAUGGCGGUUACCGCAGUGCAGGCGUUUCCAUGAUGGCUAAACUGAAAACUUAAGGAGCAAACUUUGAACGAGGAGCUGGAGUGUUUCCCCGACUUUCCCUGCUGUCACUAUAAAAAAAAACCAAAAAAAAAACCAAAACCAAAAACCAACUAACAGCACUAUGGCUUACACCACUUCGGCUUCGAUAUGGGCAUUUGCUUUGAGUUUUUACUUCGGCGUAUCCAAGUGUUACUUUUCCAUACCGCUGAAAAUGUACACAGGGAAGUACAACGUUUCCUCAGAGGUGGAUUUGAGUCCUCUUCGGCGAGUAGCAUUAAGCUCUGAUGGAAACGGUCUCUCUCUGGCCUCUGAUCCAACUGGAACAGUGAACUUUCUGGACAUGGUCAAUAACUUGGAAGGGGACUCUGGAAGAGGUUACUACAUAGAAAUGUCAAUUGGUACUCCCGGUCAAAAGCUAAACAUCCUGGUGGAUACGGGCAGCAGUAACUUUGCUGUGGCAGCGGCCCAACACCCAUUUAUUACUCACUACUUCAACACUGCACUUUCCAGUACCUACCAGACAGCUGGUCGGACUGUAGCUGUCAGGUACACCCAGGGCAACUGGGAAGGUGAACUGGGCAUCGACCAUGUCUCCAUCCCCAAAGGCCCAAAUGGGACCAUCAUCAUCAACAUAGCAGCCAUCCUGUCAUCUGACGGCUUCUUCCUUCCUGGGGUCAACUGGCAGGGCAUUUUGGGACUGGCCUAUCCCAUGCUGGCUCGGCCCGACUCAUCUGUGGAGCCCUUUUUCAACUCUGUGGUGCAACAGCUGGGAAUUCCUGACAUCUUUUCCCUCCAGAUGUGCGGUGCUGGACUGUCAGCCAGCAGCACAGCAGACCCUGCAGGUGGCAGUCUUAUCCUGGGAGGGGCUGAACCAACUCUGUAUCAGGGUUCGGUGUGGUACACCCCCAUAAUAGAGGAGUGGUACUACCAAGUGGAGGUUUUGAAGCUGGAGGUUGGCGACCAGAAUCUGGACCUGGAUUGCAGAGAGUAUAACAUGGAUAAAGCUAUAGUUGACAGUGGGACGACACUGCUGCGACUUCCUGUCAACGUCUUCAAUGCGGUGAUAGAAGCCAUCACACGUAGUUCUCUGAUCCAGGAUUUUUCUUCAGGGUUCUGGGACGGCACUAAGCUUGCAUGCUGGAUGAAGGGAGAGACCCCCUGGAGGUUUUUCCCCAAACUGUCCAUCUAUCUGAGAGCCACAAACACCAGCCAGUCCUUUCGUAUUACCAUCCUGCCUCAGCUGUACAUCCAGCCAAUCACAGACGUGGACGGCACAUUGGACUGCUUCCGUUUCGGAUUGUCUUCGUCAGCUAAUGGCCUGGUGAUCGGCGCUACUGUUAUGGAAGGCUUCUACGUGGUGUUUGACCGUGCCCAGCGGAGACUGGGCUUCGCACUCAGCAACUGUGCAGUGAGCGGUGGAAUGGCUCUGUCAGAGAUUGCAGGACCCUUCUCAGCGGCAGACGUGGCGGCCGACUGCUCCGGCGGGACGCUGAAGGAGCCUGUUCUGUGGGUCAUCUCCUAUACCCUGAUGGCGGUCUGCGCCGUGGUCCUCAUCAUCCUGUUGCUGCUGCUGGUCCUUCCCUGCCGACGCAGAGACUACUCCGGGGAGAUAACCGACGAGUCCUCGCUGGUCCGCCACCGCAUCAAGUGACUGAGAGGAAAUGCACAGGUGAACAGAAUGAACAGGCAGGGAGACAGUGAGCAGAGACCAUCCACAGCGAUGGAGAAAGGGCCUGCACCAAACAGUGUCACUCGGCUCUGAAUGUCUGACUGACUCUAGACUGCAAUCAUCAGCUUGGCCCAUAGAGGUAGAUAGAGACAGAUCAACUGCCUCUUAAAGGGAAAAUCCACCCUAAAAAUAUUUCUUAAAAACAGCUGUUGAUGUAUUUAAGUUCCAGUUUCCUGUUUAGCUUUCUUAUUCUCACUGAUAAUUCAUGUCAUGUCAUGUCAUAUGUACACACUGUGACAGAGAAAGACAUCCAACAUAGAAGAGGAAGAACACGUUAAGAGUUCAUAAUGGCAUGUAGCUGCGGAGCAGUGUUUAGUAAUGAGUAUGACUUGCUUUUUUUCACCUGUAAAGACUCAUAUGUUGUCAGUAUUGCUCUCUCCAACUACUCCCACUGAAAUCAAGCGUAGUUAGAGAGAGCAGUCAAAUCAAGUCUAAAGGGCUGUCUAAAGGUAUUUUGGGAAAAGUGGGACAUCAGUAAUGCAAACAGAAAGGUGAACUAAACUAAGAACUUUGUCACAAAAUACUUCCCAAAAAACACUAAAUGCCGCACCUGCAAUGAUGCAUGGCGGUAUAAAAAUGUCUAAGGGAGGAGAUUUCUCCUUACAGAUAAUCACAGGGCUGCAGGUGGGGAGUUCAUAAACGGAACAUGGUCAACAACCACUGGUGCAUUCUUGAACAAUUAAAACGUUACUGAUGUCAUGUCCAGAAAAACUGUGUUAGUAAUUUCUAAGGACAUACAACCUCUUUAAACGUGUCUUUUAGUAGAUAGUCUGCUACCAACAGAUCUUUCUUUCAGCUUUGUUUUUUUAAAGAUCUAAUGCCAACUCUGUGAUCUGGUGGCUUAUUGUAUUUUGAAGUUAACCUCCAGUCUUCUAUGAAGUCAAAUUAAUGACUGUGUCUAUGGAAGUUAAGGGGAAAAGCUGCUCAAUCAAUCACUGUUAAUAAGAAUAUUAGACACGUUUACAGUGCCUCUAGUGCCUUUAAGUCUCAGUUAAAGGCUAAUACAGCUUUACGAACAGUUUGAGACUUAUUCUGCUGAAUUGCACUUUUUUUUUCUUAAGUUAAGUAUAAAGUUAAAGAUCAGUAUUUCUGGAUAUGUUGUGCAGUGUGUUGUAUUAAUGUAAUUUUACAAAUUCUGUAUAAAUCCAAGUUUAUAUUUAAAUUUCGUUGAAUGUGAUUGUAUCAUUAUUCAAAAUCUUUUCUUUUUAGACACUAGAUGUUGAAGGGUGCCUAUUUAUACUUCACAUUUUCUACAAAUCAGACACUAAAUUAGAGGCCAAAAGAUUUUGGAAUCCAACACAUUGGAAACACUAAUUGCCAUUUUAUAGUAUACAUUUUCAUACGUAGAAGUCAGUGAUAAAGUGCAUGAACCAUGGUCCAGCGCUGUGGUGCACAAUCAAUCUGAAAGUAGUGCUUUUUGGUUCUGAGUAUCAGCCUUGAGUCAUAUGACUCAUGCUUCACUAACAUGUCACUGUCUGCCAAAAUUUAAAGUUGAAUGGUCAAAUUGAAGGUAAACUACAAUCUUUGAAUGUUCGCUUAUUUAUAUGUGUAUUUUACUGUGCCAAAAUUGUACUUGUGCUGUAAAUAAAACAACUUGUGACCAAAUCGAUGAUGUAAAUCAUUUUAAACUAAUAAAUAUUGUUUGUCGUGAAAGGUUA